GCCAUAGAUCUUCCCUCCCCUUGUCGCCAUUGCUUCGUCUGACCUGAGAUUCUUCCCUCCCUUCCUGUUCCACCUUUACGUGCUGCUGGUGUCUGGAUACUGUACAGUACAUUAUUCUCGCCGACCUGUUCCGCCAUUGCUUUGGCCGCUGCAUCUCCGUUUCCGUAUCUCCAUAACUCGAUCUCUCACCAUAAGCGUAAAAAACAAAUAUUUUUAUCCUCGUAAACCGUUUUGCGCCGCACGAAUGGAGACGUCUAGGUGCACUGUACCAUUCGAGUCGCUUCACCGUCGCCUCGCAUCGCCCGCGAUCGCGCUCCUCUCCCUCCUCGCGCUCCUCGCGUUGAUCCGCGUCUCCUCGGCCUCCGACGUCCGCCCGUACCGCGUGCGCGCCCUGACCGACGCGUCGUUCGAGCACGACACGCAAGCGUCCUCUGGACAGACUACGGGGAGAUGGUUCGUUCUGUUCGCCACGUCAGACUGCCUCACGUCUGCUGACUCGGAGUCGCCGUGCCACCGCAUCCUCGCGUCGCUAAAGGAGGCUGCCUCCGCCGCAGACGGCAUGCCUGGCCGGCUGUUCAUCGCCGCGCAGGUGGAUUUGGACGCCAACCCGAAGCUGAAGAAGAGGUUCGGCAUCGGCUCCGAGCCUGUCCUCAAGCUCUUCCGCGACCGAGCCAUGUUCUCCUUCCCCCAGGCCGUUCUCCCCGGCUCGACCAGCAGCGCCCAGGAGCAGAGCAGCAGGCCGGGGGCGGGUGGGGGGGCAGAAAGCACAGGGGCAGAAGAAGAUGCAGAUGAGGAGUUUGAAGGGGGGAGGGAUACAGCAGCAGGAGGAGCAGGAGCAGGAGGAAAAGGAGAUCUGGCAGCGGUGUUGCGGCGGUUUGUGCAGGGAGCUUACAGGGAUGCGGGGGAGGAGAAGGUGCCCGGGGAGCCGUCAGCCUUGGAUGGCAUUGCAGACAAACUGGCUGGGGCGUUUGAGCAGUACCACGCGUUCAUGCGGUAUCUAUCCUACCACCCCGUGUGGCUGGCCUCGCUUGGUGGUCUGGUGGCUGUCACCUUUUAUGCGUUAACUCGCUGGAUGCUUGGGAUGGGGGUCGCUCCCCCCCGCCGCCCGCGCCGUGUUGUUCCCAGGGCUAGGAAGGCUGACUAGAAUGGUAGAGGUGGUGAGGAGGCUGUUUCUUUGCAGCUAUCUCUUCUCCAAGUGGGCAUCUCUCAGAGGCAGGAGGGCGGACCAGAGAAUUAGAGGAUUGUCUUAGGUUGACGUCUUGCUUUGAUUUUCUGCUUCAUUUUCCCUCCCCACCCUUCGCAACAAGUUCUUACCAGGGGUAGGUAGGCAUGCGACUAGAAUGGUAGAGACAAGGCUACAUUACUGGAGA